AUGCGCUCUGUCCAUUGUGCCUGCGCUAACCCAUCGCACUCAUUUAAUUGCACUUACACAGUCCGUACACCUGUCCCUGCCCGCGUCUCCACUCCUCGCUCUGGCCACCUCUCGGAUGAAUCACGUCCAGGUACACCGCCUAUCGGAACAGAGCACGCCAAAUCUCUCAGCAGCCACACCACACCUGGCGUGCGAGGUCUGCCAGAGGUGUUGCGCCGUGGCGUUGUCGAAUCACAGGACUCAAAACCACCAAGUUCGGACUUUGGAUUGGACGACCUCUUCCGCGUAGCUGAUCUCAUUGACAACAAAACAUUGGAAGACGCGGCCGGCACCAACACUGUUUUUGCCAAGAACAUGACACUGGUGCUCUUCCUUUCGCGCCUCAUGAUCCUCGGGUAUUGCUUGAAGGUCCCUGGCUCCCGUCGGACAUUCUCAACUGCUCGCUGGGGCUUGCUCCAAGUGUGCCCCAACACGUUCAAGGUUAUGUUCGUGUAUCUAUGCAUGAAACCCUGCGAUCUCACAACGGCACACACAGUCCCUGUGUCCGACCUGGCCUCUAUUGUCCGCAAGGAGUUCGAAUCGGUGUGA